AUGCAAAGACGGAAAGAUAAGCUGAGAGGAGAGAAGUCGUUCGGUAGACUGGAUCCGAAACGAGAAUAUUUGGAUGCCGAAGGCAGCAGCAGCGACGAGGCGGAAAGGCCAAGCGACCUUCGAGGCGAGCACGAAGAAUUCCCCUCGAGGGAUGAGUACACAUACGACGAAGAAGAAUUGGACAAACUGGUGCAAUCCGUGAAGAAGCUCACGACGCUGAGUGGAUCGGUCGAGUCCGCCUGGACCGACAAGUGCGACUCGGAUAUUCGGGAGUUUUUUAGUUAUUCGGAUAAAACGAUUCUCAGCGUAUAUUUUCGAGGAAGCGUCUUAACAACGGAGUUGAAAAUCCCGCUGAUGCCGGUCUACGAACUGACGUAUUUCGUUCGAGACCCUUCGGAGAUGACGACCCUCAAGAACUUUGACACCAACGUGAUGUUUGGGACCGUCAACGAAAAUGUCGAGGCGACCAUUCUCAAGAUGACCGCUAACUUAUUGGCCCCUAAAUUCUACCGAACCAAAACUUGGUCGGACACGAAAUUUACGGACCUUAACCACGAGGAACGUACAACAUGCGUUAAAGCCGACUUCUGCACUAGUCUGCAUACGUUUUUAUGCGACCUCACGGACUUGAGGUACAAAAUGCUGGGUUUAACCGUGAUAUAUCUACCUCUCGAAGGAAACGACCAAAGUGUAGAGGAGGUAAGCGCCGAUAAGGAGCUUGUAAAACGACUCGAGGGAGUAGUCGCGCAUUGGACGCACCAAAUCAGAUUGGCCCUUGGUGACCAGGAUCAAUCCACCCCUCACGAGCUUCUUUGCCUAAAUGAUGAAUACGAUUUCUGGAUUUAUCGAUAUGAAAAUUUGUGUGGACUGAGCUACCAAAUGCACAGUCCCGAAGUAACGCACUUGGUGAAAAUCCUUACGUCGAACCAGUCGACGUACGUUCGACAAUUUGUCACGCUGAGAGAAGAGAUCGAGCAUGGGAUGAAAGAAUCCAAGUCAAACAUUGAAUUUCUUCGUUUUCUUCAAAAGCCAUGCGCAGAAUUGAACAACUGCAAAAACCCUGAAGAAAUAACUCCGCACCUUUCGAAAAUCCUUCACAAGUUUCGCGUCGUUUGGCUCAAUUCACCCUUUUUCAACCACCAGGACAGAAUCACCAACCUCUUCAACGCUCUCCACAAUCAGAUAAUCGUUCUUAUGCAAAGCUUCGUUGACUUCAAAGAUAUUUUCGCCGGUAAUACUCGAAGAAACAUGCAAAUCUUCGUUAAAUGCAUCGCAACUUGGCAAGACUACAAACGCUUGUACGAUCAGUUUUCAGAUGCACACAACGGUUGGACAGCUGAAUCGUGGGAUUUGUCGAGAGAAGCGAUAUUUCGUCAUAUCGACACGUUUAUAUCUCGAUGUUACAACAUGAUAGAGAUUUGCCAAUCGAUGAUCGACUUUGCGAGAAUGGAUGAGACGGCCACGAUUCUACCGCCGCGAUUCGCCGGCACGAAGGGUCCGGAGUUCGAGAGAACUUGCCAAAAAGUUGAGAAACUCUAUUUAGAAUAUUUGUCUGCGAUAGAGAUAAACUCGCACAAAAUACUGGACGUUCAAGAGGCAACGUGGUACGAUGAUAUGUUUGUUUUUCGUGGGCAUAUGAAAGACCUCGAAAUCAACAUAGAAAAUCUCGUCUCUUCGGUCUUCGAGUACGUACAAAACGUGGAGGAAGCAAUCGCUAGUUUGUACGGUUUCCACACGUACAUGAGCCGGGAAAACUUGACGUCAUUGUUUGACAGGAAAACAACUUUGGCAUGGAAGAUGUUCGGGGAUGAAAUUCAGCAGGCGAAGAGGGAAAUCUUGGAGCAACAAGAGGAGCAUUCAGCCCUGGCUCCUUACUAUGCGGGAAGAGCUUUGAAUCUGCGCUCGAAAACCAAAAGAUUGGAGCACAUAAAGAAAAUGUUUGCCGAGGCUUGUUGGCUGCCGCACUGUAGCAUGAGCGAUGAAGUUUACCAUCAAUUCGAAAUACUCGUCGGUUGGACCCGGGACGCUACCAACGCUCUUUACCACCGCUGGCUCGAAGACGCAGGCACCGAUUUCGUUCGGAGACUCGAUCGAUAUCUUAUGAAACAAAAGAUCGAUAAACCCGGCCUUUUGGAGUGCAACUUCGAUCCGGACGUUCAGAAGCUCUGCCACGAGGCGCGCUACUGGAGCAUCCUCCAAUUCGAAAUACCCGUACACAUACAAGUCGUUAAUACCAAAUGGAACGAUUUGCAAUUCGUCUACGAGAGCGUCCUCGCCGUUGUUCUCGCAUACAACAAGAUUAUUGAAGACGCUUACAUAAAAGAUUGUUGCGCACACACCGAAUCGCUUCAAGAACUCGUCGACACUUACAAAAAAUCGAAUUUUGAAAUAAUGAAAAUUUGCGAAAACAUCUGCGACACUCCCGUCAUGAAAAUCAAACCGAAUUACACGUACAAACUGCACGAAUUCAGGGAAGAGCUCCAGAGCAUUCGGCAUUCCGUCUACAAAAUAUUGGUGGAAAAUUACAGCAUGAUAAUUCAAUAUCUGCUCGUGAUUUUUGAGGGCUUCCAACCAGUUAUCGAGGAAAGUACACCGGAAUGGAAAAACUAUUUGGCCAAACUGGAUACUCUCCUGGAAGAAGCCUUCAAACUUUGUUUAAAAAAAUCGUUAAAUGUAAUGUAUGAAGCUCUCCACGGUGAUGGAACGACAUCACCUUCUCCUCUGCUGUUGCUGCAAGCUGACCUAGUAGCAAAUAAAAUGAUAAUUUCUCCCGAGUUUUCCGCGAUCGCUACAUUCGUCGGGAAUAUUUUGAGUGAACUUCUCGAGCCACUUACCCUCGUUCCUCGCAUAGUCGAAAGAUUCAACGUCCAAAACGAAGGCGUCAAAUCCUUGUGGCAAACUUACGCUCACGAUGAAUCUUUCAACCAAAUUCAAGAGAGUCUCAACAACGAGGCUGCCUAUUGUUUUGGGAUGCUGCAGACUUACCAAAAGACGUGGGAGCCGUUCAGAGAUAUGUGGGAAGUUAACAAAGAUUUAUUCAUACAAAGAUACGAGAAGCUGAAACCGACGGUCGUCACUUUUGACGCGGACAUUGCCAGAUACGCCGAAGUCGCAAACAACGUACAAAUGCAAGAAACAAUAACUAGCAUACAUUUCGUUGAGGUCAAUGCCGAACGAUUGAAAGCUGCGAUAGUCGAACAGUGCGCCUUGUGGCAACACAAACUUACUCAACUUUUGUUACGCAUGACCGAAGCCAAAGUCGAUCACGUCUACAAGUACAUAGCCGAGAAUGCCAAAUUGAUUAGCAAAGAGCCCACUGAUCUCAUCACGAUGCAGACAGCGUUGCAGUUGUUUAAGAGACUCUCCGCUGAAAUUCCUAACGAGGAGGAAGAAUUUCCCAAGAUACGUGAGCAGUAUCAGACUCUCGAAAAAUACGAGGUUCCGAUGACUUUUGAAUUCAAACGAAAAGUCAAGGACGUCGAAAGAUCUUGGCACGCGUACUGCGACCUCCUGUCAGCUUCCGAAUUGAAAUUGCAAGAUGUCAAGGAACAAUUUAAAAGUCAACUUUUGGAGCAAGCUCUCGUGUUCAAAAGCGACUGCCAUGCCCUCGUGAGCAGGUUUCACGGGGACGGACCUUUCACCUCCGACUGGCAGAGCAAAGACGCAUUCACCUGGCUGGACAGCUUUCGUCGCUCCUUUGAUUUUCUCCGUGAAACGGAAAAUCAGUUGAAACUGAAUCUCGCAAUAUUCGGCAUCAGCCAACCGACCUCCCUCGAGCUUAAUGACAUUGAGAAGGACCUAACGGCGAUCGAGCUCGUGUGGAAGUUGACCGGAGAGUGGGACGUGGCCUGGGAACAGUAUAAAACUGUGAAUUUCUGGACCAUCGAAAUGGACGAGAUGAACGCAACUGCGAAUAUUUUGCUUCGAAAAUUGUCGAGACUCUCUAAAGAAUUGAAUAAUAAAAACUGGGAAAUCGUCGAACAUUCUAGAUUGCGAGUAGACACAUUUCGAAGAACGUUGCCUCUCAUAACGGACCUGAAAAACCCAGCUCUGCGAGAGCGCCAUUGGAGAAAAGUUAAAGAAACGGUGGGCCGCGAUUUCGACGAGGCUUCGAGUGACUUCACGCUGGAUACAUUGGCUGACAUAAAGAUACAAAAUUUUUCGGAGCGUGUGAGCGAGAUAUCGAUGGCUGCAACGAUGGAACUGGCCAUAGAAACGAAUCUGAAAAAUAUAUCGGACGUUUGGAAAAUAAUGCCGGUGGAAAUGGUAGCGUACAAGGACAAGGGAAUAUUCCGAUUGAAAACCGUCGACGAUAUAAUCCAGACGUUAGAAGACCAUCUCAUCCAAUUGUCCGCAAUGAAAUCGACCAGUUUCGUUGAACCGUUUGUCGCGGAAGUCGAUUACUGGGAACGAGCUCUUUCCACUGUGGCGGAAGUGCUCGAAAUGGUUCUCUCCGUACAACGGAGCUAUAUGUACCUCGACAAUACAUUCAACGCUGAGGACAUCAGAAAACAAUUGCCCAAAGAGACAGAUGACUUCGAUAAACUCACUGAUCGUUGGCGGGAAAUUACUUCGAGGAUGGCUCUCGCUGGACUCGUGUUACCUGCUUGUCACGAGCCGCCUCAUCUACUCGAACAUCUGAACAAGCUCAGUAACAAGCUCGAAGGAAUACAACGCGCUUUGGAACAGUAUCUCGAAACGAAACGACACGCUUUCCCCAGAUUUUACUUCAUUUCGAAUGAUGACCUCCUGGAAAUACUGGCCAAUUCGAAAAGACCCGACCGCAUUCAGUCCCAUAUCACUAAACUCUUCGAUAACAUCAAAUCCCUCCAGCUUAUCAAGUCCGUAACCGGUAAAUAUUUGGCCGACGGAAUGUACUCGAGGGAAGGAGAGUACGUUGAGUUUCUUCAUUCAGUAAUACUCGAUGGACAAGUUGAAUCCUGGCUCUGCGAAGUUGAAAAGGCGAUGCAAGAUUGCUUGCGAGAAGUGCUGCGACAAUGUCGAGGCGAACUUCGUAAGAUGCUUCGUAAACGGGACAAGUGGGUUAGGGAAUGGCCCAGUCAGCCAGGAAUAACGGCGACUCAGAUACAAUGGACGAACGACUGCACUCGUACACUUUUACAUUGCAAGCUUCUCGACUCGCGAAAGCCACUGAAGAAAUUGAGGAAGAAACAGAACCAGGCGCUGGCCGAGUACACCGAGGCCAUAAAGGGAAAUCUAAAUAAGCUUCAACGCUUGAAAUUCAAGGCGAUCGUCGUCAUAGAAAUUCACGCGCGAGACGUCAUCGAAAAAUUGUACAAAAGCAACUGCCGAGAUGUAUCGACUUUCGAGUGGCUCUCCCAAUUGAGGUUUUAUUGGGACAGAGACAUCGACGAUUGCAUCGUUAGACAAACUAAUACCUUCUUUGUCUACGGGUACGAGUACCUCGGGAAUUCGGAACGCCUCGUCAUAACGCCGCUCACCGAUCGAUGUUACAUAACCUUGACGACGGCACUCCAUCUUUACCGAGGCGGAAGUCCCAAAGGUCCUGCGGGAACGGGGAAAACAGAAACCGUAAAAGAUCUCGGCAAGGCACUCGGCUUUAAUGUCAUUGUGCAAAACUGUUCGGAAGGCUUGGACUAUAAAAGCAUGGGAAGACAAUUAUCCGGACUCGCACAAACCGGAGCUUGGGGCUGCUUCGAUGAGUUUAACAGGAUAAAUAUUGAAGUGCUGUCGGUCGUGGCGCAACAAAUUCUCUCAAUACUAUCAGCGUUAUCGCAAAAGCUCACAAAUUUUGUAUUCGAUGGUAAACAAAUAUCGUUGGUCCACACUUGCGGAUUGUUCAUCACCAUGAAUCCUGGUUAUGCCGGACGCACGGAACUCCCGGAUAAUCUGAAAUCAAUGUUUCGACCGAUUUCAAUGAUGGUUCCCGAUAGCAGUAUGAUCGCCGAAAUCAAUCUGUUCGGCGAGGGUUUCCAGAACAGUCGUCUCCUCGCAAAAAAGGUGUUUACUCUCUACGCGUUGGCGCAGCAACAGCUCAGCAAACAGGACCAUUAUGACUUCGGUCUUCGUGGAAUAGUGACUUUGACCCGUUACGCUGGAAAGAAACGUCGGAUUUAUUCCAAUUUGUCUGGGGAAGAGGUAAUUAUCCUGGCGAUGAAUGACAUGAACAGAGCCAAGCUCACUUCCGCCGACCUGGCACUCUUCAUUGGCAUCACAUCGGAUCUCUUCCCCGGUGUCGAAGUCGCUUCCAUUGAUUACGAAGAAUUUACAAACUACAUUCGUGCGGAGGCUUUGAAAAUGAAAAUCCAGCCGGUUUCCAUGCUGCUCACUAAAGUGGUGCAACUUUAUGAAACGAAGAGCUCCAGACACUCGACAAUGAUCGUAGGGCGAUCAAACACCGCAAAGUCCAUCACGUGGAAAAUUCUACGAAAUACUACCACCGCCAUGAAACUAGAUGGCAAAUUAGGAUACAAUUCAGUUUCUGAAUAUCCAAUCAAUCCCAAAGCUCUCGGUCUUGCCGAGCUUUACGGAGAAUAUAAUUUGUCCACUGGAGAGUGGUUGGACGGUGUUAUAUCUUCAAUCAUGAGGAAAACUUGCGCUGAAACUACCCCCGAGGAAAAAUGGAUUUUGUUCGAUGGGCCGGUCGAUGCCGUGUGGAUCGAAAAUCUCAAUAGUUUGAUGGACGACAACAAAAUACUGACGUUGGUAAACAACGAUCGAAUCACGAUGCCGGAGCAAGUAUCGCUGCUUUUUGAAGUAGAAGAUCUCGCAGUCGCGUCCCCAGCGACCGUGUCCCGGGCCGGGAUGGUUUACAACGAUUACAAAGACCUCGGCUGGCGGCCGCUGGUCGACUCGUGGUUGGACAAGUACAAAGAUCAGCCAGAAUUCGUAGAGCAGAUGAACGAACACUUCGAGUGGUACGUGGACAAAAUACUGGAAUUCAAACAAUUAAGAUGCAAGGAAAUCAUUGCCAUUCCUGAGCUGAACGCCGUCGAGUCGCUUUGCAAGCUGCUUGACAUAUUUGCGACGCGUGACAACGGCGUCGAGCUGGGCGACGACAAAGACGUGUUUGACUUGAUGUGCAGACUUUGGUUUCUCUUCUGCAUGAUAUGGUCGCUGGGCGUAUCCGUGGACGAAGAAGGGCGUCAGAGGAUGGACAAUUUUAUCCGAGAAAUGGAGGGAUCAUUUCCCCUGAAAGAUACCAUCUACGAGUAUUACGUCGAUGGGAAACAACGGAGUUUUGUCUCGUGGGAAGAAAAAUUGCCGCCGUCGUGGAAGUUCCAAGCCGGUACGCCGUUUUAUGAGAUUAUCGUGCCAACGGUUGAUACCAUACGGUACCAGUACUUAGUGGGCAUGCUUUUAUCAAACGGAUAUCCGGUAAUGCUCGUCGGGCCUGUCAGUACCGGCAAAACAUCCGCCGCCCAAUCAGUACUGAAUUUCCUUGACCGUAAUAAAUACAGCCCUCUUACCAUCAACAUGUCCGCUCAAACAACUUCCAACAAUGUACAAGAGGCGAUAGAGAGCAGAAUGGAAAAGCGUACAAGAGGUACUUACAUACCUAUUUCAGGCAAAACUAUGAUCACUUUUAUGGACGACUUCAAUAUGCCAUUGAAAGAGACUUAUGGCUCGCAGCCGCCCUUAGAAUUGAUACGUCAAUGGAUGGGCUAUGGAUUUUGGUACGAUCGACAGAAACAAGUGCGAAAGUACAUUCAGAAGAUGCAGCUGUUAACGGCCAUGGGCCCUCCUGGCGGAGGUCGCCACUCCAUUACGGAACGUUUGCUCACUCGAUUCAACGUCAUCAACAUGACGUUUCCGGCUGAAAAACAAAUCACACGAAUCUAUGGGACCAUGUUGACGCAACACUUGCUGGACUUUCAUCCCGAAAUUAAAGGACUUUGUGGAGACAUAACUUCAUCCACUAUUGAAAUGUACAACAAGGUUGUGCUGAAAAUGCUACCGACCCCAGCGAAGAUGCAUUACUUAUUCAACCUGAGAGAUAUCUCCAAGGUAUUCCAAGGCCUCCUUCGCAGCCACAAAGAUUAUCAAUAUUCGAAGCACAUCUUUCUACGUCUCUGGAUACAUGAACUUUUUCGAGUUUUCAGUGAUCGUUUGAUCGACGAUAAGGACCGCGAGUGGUUCGUCUCGGAGCUCGGCGAGCAGCUGGGCAAAUAUUUUGAAUUAACUUUCCACAAUGUUUGUCCGGAGAAGUAUUCGCCGAUUUUUGGUCAUUUCCUCAAUGCCGGAGACGUGUACGAAGAUAUUUUGGACAUGGGAGUCCUUCGACGUCACGUUGAAAGCCAAAUCGACGAAUACAACGCCUCACCUGACGUUCGCCGCCUUGACCUAAUACUUUUCAAAGAUGCGAUCGAGCACAUAUGCCGAAUUGUUCGUGUUAUCUCGCAGCCUCGAGGAAACAUGCUGUUGAUUGGGAUCGGGGGAAGUGGCCGGCAAUCUCUGGCCCGAAUAGCUGCUUACAUGUGUGAGCUGAACACAUUUGAAAUCGAAGUUACGAGACAAUAUCGAGUUCUGGAGUUUCGGGAAGAUCUCAAGACUCUCUACUCCCUUACUGGGGUGGAAGUAAAACCCACGAGUUUCCUCUUGAAUGACACACAAGUGGUUGAAGAGCAAUUCCUUGAAAUCGUUAAUAAUAUGUUGAGCACUGGGGAGGUUGCGAAUUUGUACAAGCCCGAGGAGAUGGAAGACAUCAAAAAUCGGCUUACGAAAGACGCUGCGAAAGCAGGAAUAUUAGCCACAAUGGAGGCAAUAUAUCUUUUCCUAAUUCAAAGAGUUCGACGAAACAUGCACGUGGUACUGUGCAUGAGUCCGAUCGGCAAUGCUUUCAGAAACCGAUUGCGACAGUAUCCGUCGCUUGUCAACUGCACAACGAUCGAUUGGUUUCUUCCGUGGCCGCGGGAAGCCCUCCUCGAGGUCGGCAACAAAUUUCUCUCGGGUCUCAAUCUCGUUCUGACGAUCCUUGGCGACGAUAAACAGGGGUCCGCGACUGCACCUCAACUGCAGCCCCUGCCUGAGAGGAUGCGCGAUGCAGUUGCUUCGACCUUCUCUCUGAUUCACGAUUCCGUGGUACAAUUUUCACGUAGGAUGGCCACUGAAAUGAAGCGUUACAAUUAUGUCACGCCUACGAACUUCCUCGAGCUUGUUACCCGGUACAAAGAAAUGUUGACGUCGAAAAGGAGCGAGUUAGUGAAACAGGCGGACAAGCUUCGAGGUGGUUUGUUCAAGAUUGACGACACGAGUGAGAAGGUACAGGAAAUGACUGUUGAGUUGGGAACGACACAACAGCAGGUAAUCUCGUCGACGAGAGAAUGCGAGGAGUUCUUGGGUACGAUAGUUAAUCAGCGACGCGAUGCGGACGAGACACAGAAAUUAGUGACUGCUAAAUCGAUACGCAUUACGGAGGAAUCGAAAGAUUGCAAAAGAUUGGAGGAAAUUGCUCGUGCUGAUCUGGCGGUGGUCGAGCCGGCUCUGGAUGAAGCGAUGAAGGCCCUCGAUGCAUUAAACAAGAAAGAUCUCUCGGAAAUCAAGUCAUUUACUCGGCCUCCGGUCAAAGUGGAAAUGGUAAUGGAAGCAGUAAUGAUAUUAAAAAAUGCAGAGCCAUCCUGGGCCGAAUCAAAACGGCAGCUCGGGGACGUCAAUUUUUUAAAUACGCUUCGAGACUUCGACAAAGAUCACAUAUCCGACAAAACACUGAAAACCAUUAGAAAAUACACCUCCAAUCCAGAGUUCGAUCCCAUCAAAGUUGGAGUCGUUUCUAUCGCUGCUAAAUCCCUCUGCAUGUGGGUCAUAGCCAUGGAGCAGUAUGGAAAACUUUACAAAAUAGUAGCUCCAAAGCGCGAGAAAUUGGAAGCAGCUUUGAAAUCACUUCGCCAAAAGGAGGAAGAGUUGACAGAGGCAGUAGCCCAAUUACAAAAGUUACACGAAGAAUUGGAGAGACUGCAGCAAAUGUACGAUGCGAAGAUGAAGGAAAAGGAAGACCUAAUUAGACUGGCUGAACUUUUGAAAUUGAAAUUGGAAAGAGCAGCUUUAUUGGUCGACGGUUUGUCCGGGGAGCGGAUACGAUGGCAACAAACUGUGCACUCUCUGGGCAUCGACUACGAUUAUCUUCCCGGUGAUUGCUUAAUAUCCACGGCUUUUGUCAGCUAUCUCGGCCCUUUUGUGUCCGGUUAUCGAGAGGAAUUAGUUCGGAGUUGGUGUCAAGAGGUGAGCAUCAUUGUCAACGACCUGGGUAUUCCGCUUUCAACGAAAUUCGACAUAAAAGAAUUCCUCGGUGAUCCAGCGACGAUUAGAGAAUGGAAGCUCCAAGGUUUGCCGUCGGAUGGUUUCAGUGCCGAGAAUGGAAUAAUUAUAACGCGAAGUUCGCGGUGGCCACUCGUAAUCGAUCCUCAGUGUCAAGCCAUCAAGUGGAUCAAGAACAUGGAGGCUUCGAACGGAUUAAAAGUAAUCGAUUUCGGGCAAUCGGACUUCACUCAAAUACUCAAUCACGCUGUUCAAUUCGGUAAGCCAGUUCUCAUUAAGGACGUCGAUGAAACGUUGGACUCGGUACUGAACCCAAUACUGCAGCGAGCUUUCUUUCUUUUUUCAGGUGACAUCGUCAUGAUCAAAUUCAAUGACAAAAUGGUCAAGUACAACGAUCGUUUCCGCUUGUUCAUCACAACGAAACUUCCCAAUCCUCACUACGCUCCUGAAGUAGCGAGCAAUACGACCUUGUGCAAUUUUGCCAUUAAACAACAAGGCCUUGAAGCACAACUCUUGGCGAUAGUGGUGAGAAAAGAAAAACCACAGCUGGAAGAACAGAAGGACACUCUGGUUCUUACGAUUGCUAAUGGCAAGAGAACUCUCAAAGAACUCGAAGACAAAAUUUUAUACUUGUUGAGCGCUACGUCCGGCUCCCUCCUCGACGACUUGGACCUGCUCAACACGCUCCAAACGUCGAAAAGCACGUGCAUUUCCGUCGAGGAAUCAUUGGAAACGACGGAAAAUAUGGAAAUUGAAAUCGAUCGAGCUCGCGAAGCCUACCGACCUUGCUCCAAGCGCGCAGCUAUUUUGUUCUUCGUUCUCAACGACAUGAGCUGCAUCGAUCCCAUGUAUCAAUUCUCCCUCGAUUCCUACAUCAAUAUCUUCAACGUUUCCAUCGAGCGGAGUCCCAAAAUCGCGGACCUCGAUGAGAGAAUUGAGGCGCUCAAUGAGUUUCAUACUUACGCGGUUUACAAGAACACUUGCCGAGGACUCUUCGAACACCACAAACUUUUGUUCUCCUUCCACAUGUGCAUCAAAAUACUCGAGGACCAGAAUAAAAUAAACCCGAGUGAAUACGAUUUCCUACUGAGGGGGGGAAUCGUUCUCGACCGCGAAAAUCAACCGGAUAAUCCAGUGAGAAACUGGUUGCCGGAUGAAGCGUGGGACAAUAUAAUAGCGUUCGAUAAACUGCCUGGUUUCCAUGGAAUCAUUUCCUCCUUUGAACAGUUUCCGCGAGAUUGGCACGCUUGGUACAUGAGCCCCGAGCCCGAGAGUAAAACUCUGGUCGGUGAGUGGGAGGAAAAUAGCAAUGAAUUUCAAAAGAUGCUCUUCGUUCGGAGCUGCCGAUUGGAUCGAUUGUCCUUCUGCAUAACAACAUUCAUUGUUCACAAUGUUGGACGGAAAUUCGUCGACCCACCGGUUCUGGAUAUCAAGGAAGUUUUAGACGUCUCCGUGGCACAGUCUCCCCUCAUUUUCGUCUUAUCUCCCGGUGUCGAUCCGACUAAUGCAUUGAUGCAGCUUGUCGAGAAUGAGAACAUGCGCGGACGCUUUAUGUCUCUGUCACUCGGGCAAGGCCAAGCCCCAAUUGCAACGAGAAUGAUACAAAUCGGGGCGAAGGAAGGAUCUUGGGUGUUCCUGGCGAACUGCCAUCUGUCGUUGAGCUGGAUGCCAAAGCUUGACAAAAUCGUUGAUAUUCUCGGGGCGAGCAAAGCGCUUCAUCCUAAAUUCAGGCUUUGGCUAAGCUCAAGUCCAACACCGCACUUUCCAAUAUCAAUACUUCAAGCCGGAAUAAAAAUGACCACCGAACCACCCAAAGGAUUAAAGGCCAAUAUGAAACGUCUUUACGGUUUAAUGACCGAGAGCUUGUUCGAUGUUUGUCAGGCUAAAGGAAAGUACAAGAAAUUGUUCUUCAGUCUCGUUUUCUUCCACUCGAUCCUUCUCGAGCGUAAAAAGUUUCAACAACUCGGCUGGAACGUUAUUUACAGUUUCAACGAUUCGGAUUUCGAGGUGUCAGAAAAUUUGUUACAAACGUACCUCGACGAGUACGCCGAGACCCCUUGGGAGUCUUUGAAAUACAUGAUCGCCGAGGUGUGUUACGGAGGUCACGUUACUGACAAUUGGGACCGGCGGCUCCUGCUGGCUUACGUUCAACAGUACUUCAACGAGGAAGUUUUGACUUCUCCGUAUUACAGGCUGUCCUCACUAGCCACUUAUUACGUGCCUCGUGACGGCUCCCUGGAAUCUUACAGGGACUUUAUAACGAUGCUACCGACGUCUGAUAAACCGGAGGCAUUUGGUCAGCACGCGAACGCCUACGUAGCAUCGCUCAUCACCGAUACUAAAAUCAUGUUUCAGACUCUCAUGAGCUUGCAAAUUGAAGUUUACGCGGGUGACGAAGACUCGGGCAAGGCGGAUAAGAUAAUGCAGUUAGUAGUUGACAUGGCAUCAAAGAUUCCAGAAUGCAUAGAUUACGAGAGCACUGAAAAGCUAAUGGGCCCCAAUAAGAGCCCCCUCGAUGUAGUCCUUCUGCAAGAGAUCACCUGCUACAAUGGAUUGUUGAUGAAAGCUCGAAGCAGUCUGACGGAUUUGGAAGGAGCGAUAAAGGGUUUGGUCCUGAUGACCGACGAAUUAGAAAAUGUAUUCACGUGCAUGUACGAAGCCCGAGUUCCUGCCGCUUGGCUGACUGCGUAUCCAUCUCUAAAGCCCCUCGGAUCUUGGACGAGGGAUUUCAUCAGUCGAGUUGAACAUUUCGCGAGCUGGGCUCAAACAACUCACCCGCCUCUCCUGUUCUGGCUCUCAGCGUACAUUUUUCCAACUGGAUUUCUCACUGCUGUUCUACAGACUUUCGCGAGGCUCUCGAAUCUCCCGAUUGAUUUACUGUCAUGGGAAUUUAAUGUCAUCGCGAUUGAAGGGAGCGCCAUUGUUGAAGCACCUACGGGUGUCUACGUCAAAUCGAUUUUCCUCGAAGGAGCGGGAUGGGACAAGCAGUCCGGUUGUCUCGUGGAGCCCUCACCCAUGCAGCUCAUCACCGGCAUGCCUGUCAUUCAUUUUCGACCGGUGGAAACACUGAAGAAGAAAACAAAAGGAAUGUACAAUUGCCCGUGCUAUUACUACCCGGACAGAGCCGGUGGCGCGGGUCGGCCAUCCUUCGUUGUAGCGGUUGAUUUGAAAUGUGGUUCCGAAGCUGCCGAUCAUUGGAUCAAACGUGGGACAGCCCUCCUGCUGAGUCUUGCCGAGUGAUUCUAAUUGCGUUUAGUUACGUUUACCGUUUUCACCCUAUUUUCAUCAUUCGUGACGUGUAAUCCGUUGCUUCAGUGUUUAUCAAACAGCAUUUCUCGCGCGGUUCUAUUGUUCGACGUUAUUGAAUAAAAGCCUCUGGGCUAGCCUCCGGAAUAUUGAAUAUCGUCCUGUCGUUCAAAGUAAAUACGAAUUGACCGAUUCGAGGCGGAGGGGAACUAAAAACUGUGCAUAAAAAUUACGUCGAUUCGGAGUGCCUUUGCCUCGUUCGCGCGAACCAACAUUCCAACCUCCCGUUAAUAAUUUUACAGAGAGGAGCCCGCAAAGCCGAGAAAACUUGGAACGGAACAAAUUUUGAAGUUUCGCCAAUCUCGAAGACACUCCCUAAGCUCAUCCAGCAUCCGUGCGUCUGUGUGUGUGUGUGUAUGUGUGUGUUUCCGGAUAAAAAGAUUGACGGAGUAGAAAACAUAAGCGGUGGGGAAGUGUAAAAUAAAAAUAUUGUACGCGAUUUGACGUUUUCUAAGCACAAGAACGUGGCGCGGCUGGAAGAAGAAUUAUGGCAACUUCCCAGUUAUCGCCUGCAGUUCUUCUCGUCUUACUCGUUGUAAAUGUACACGUCGUCCAACACAGCUCGCCAAAUCCAAAUUGUCACGUUUCCACCGAGUCGACCGUAACGAUGGCACAAUUUUCCAAGCGCCUAGCUGCUCUUCUUCCACUGUACGUGCACUUGCGAGUGUCUGCCUUUCCUUCUGGCUCUCACAUACACACCCGGAUGAAACAGGACUCUUAUAGAAACACGUUUAGUACUCGCAUUGCCCAAAUACCUAUCCAUAAUUCAAAGACGACCUCCUCAAAAAUAUCAUUUUCGAGUCUCAGCACGUAUAAAACCUGCAAAUACCUUAUACAAUCAUAUGCUCUUCAGGUACCGCAAGCGUGUAAAUAA